AUGUCAGAGCUUGAAAAUGCCAUUAUCACAAUCAUACAUGUGUUCCACAAGUACUCCGGUCACAAGUGUAAACUGAAGAAGUCUGAACUGAGAGCUCUCAUUAACACUGAGAUGAGUCAUUUCAUCACGAAAGUUCAGGACAGUGAAACCCUUGAUGAGCUCUUCUCUGACCUUGACCAGAACGGAGACUUGAGGAUUGACUUUCAGGAAUUCAUCGCUCUGAUCGCCAUGGUGACCUCAGGGUGUCAUGACCUCUUCAUCUCGGAGCGCCAUAAUUAA